GAUUUGGAUCUAAAUAUCAGGAUCGAUUUUGGGUGUGACUCGACGCGAACUGUUCUCAUUUGGCUCGUGCGUCGUGCUAUGGGUUUGGCAUGGCUUAAAACACGGCCAAUCAUGAGCAGAGAGACAGAUUCAGGUGUUGGAGCAGUCGUCCUUCUCAGGCACUUUUCUGGCUUUUUCUGAGACUUGAGUGAAGCGAUUUUACACGUAUAUUGUCCUGUUUACGCGACGUGUUGUUGUCAACAUCAUCAACAUUCACGGAUUAAACGCGGACUUUAGGCGGGCCGGUCGUAAGCCCUGUAGCCUGGGAGUGUCGGCGAAUACCUUGCUAUAUAGUGGAAAUCAACGCAAUCAGUCGCCAGCUAGACUCUCUUCCUCACAACCAUGACCACCCCUCCUUCCACACUCCACCCACCUCGUCUGGGUACCUUCAGCGGGUUUCCCUCGGCCCCGGGGACUCCGGUGCAUUCGAUCCAGACCAUGCGCCGCAAAGGUGCGGGACACAGCGGGCCUUUGCCCAAGGUCCUCGUCGCCAACCGCGGUGAAAUCGCCAUCCGUGUCUUCAGAUCCGCUCACGAGCUCGCUAUGCACACCGUUGCUAUCUACUCCUAUGAAGAUCGUCUUUCUGCUCAUCGUCAGAAGUCCGAUGAAGCGUACCAAGUCGGCAAGGGGCUUACUCCCGUUGGGGCCUACCUCGCGCAGGACGAUAUCAUCCGCAUCGCCCUCGAGCACGGUGUCGACAUGAUCCAUCCUGGAUAUGGGUUCCUUUCAGAGAACGCGGAAUUCGCGCGUAAAGUUGAGCAAGCCGGCAUUGCUUUCAUUGGUCCUACGGCAGAGGUUAUCGAUAAUCUUGGUGACAAGACCAAAGCCCCCAUGAAGGUUGGCGUUCCAGUGGUUCCCGGGACCCCGGGGCCCGUCGAUUCGUACACCGAUGGAGACGCCUUCAUCAAAGAAUAUGGAUUCCCUGUGAUCAUCAAGGCUGCCAUGGGUGGUGGUGGACGAGGCAUGCGUGUGGUCCGGGAGCAGUCUGAUUUCAAAGAUGCAUUCCAGCGGGCCGUAAGCGAGGCCAAGGCUGCAUUCGGUGAUGGCACGGUCUUCAUCGAGCGAUUCCUCGAACGACCCCGUCACAUCGAGGUCCAGUUACUCGCCGACGCCCAAGGAAACACCAUCCACCUCUUCGAGCGCGACUGCUCAGUUCAGAGGCGUCACCAGAAAGUGGUCGAGGUUGCUCCGGCUACUAACCUUCCGGAAGAAGUCCGACAAGCCAUUCUCUCUGAUGCUAUCAAGCUAGCGAAGAGCGUCAACUACCGUAAUGCUGGAACUGCCGAAUUCUUGGUCGACCAAAUGGGACGUCACUAUUUCAUCGAGAUUAACCCCCGUAUCCAAGUGGAGCACACUAUCACAGGCGAGUACUUCCAUAUCCAGAUCGCUGCUGGCGCCACCCUUCCUCAGCUUGGCUUGACACAAGAGGCUGUGACCAAGCGGGGCUUUGCCAUCCAAUGUCGUAUCACUACUGAAGACGCUGCUACUGGCUUCCAGCCUGAUACCGGAAAGAUUGAGGUCUAUCGAAGCGCUGGAGGCAACGGCGUUCGAUUGGACGCAAGCUCCGGUUUCGCCGGGGCUCAGAUCACUCCUCACUACGACAGUCUGCUCGUCAAAUGCAGUGUCAGCGGGACGACGUACGAGGUUGCCCGUCGCAAGAUGCUCCGUGCAUUGGUCGAAUUCCGCAUCCGCGGUGUCAAGACCAACAUUCCGUUCUUGUUCCGUCUGUUGACUCACGAUGUCUUCAUCAGUGGCAAGACCUGGACGACAUUCAUCGACGACACACCGGAGCUGUUCAAGCUUGUGCAGAGCCAGAACCGUGCUCAAAAGCUUUUAGCCUAUUUGGGCGACCUGGCGGUGAAUGGUAGCUCCAUCAAGGGCCAGGUCGGUGAGCCUGGACUCAAGGAUGACAUCGUCAUUCCCAAGUUCCAAAGCCGAGAAGAUCCGAUCAACGGGGCGCCGCUGGAUGCUUCUGUGCCCUGCUCUGUUGGCUGGCGAAACAUCAUUGUCGAGCAAGGCCCCGAGGCCUUUGCGAAAGCAGUCCGGGCUUACCCGGGCACGCUCAUCAUGGACACCACGUGGCGUGACGCCCAUCAGUCGCUGCUCGCUACCCGACUCAGGACGAUCGACAUGGUCAACAUUGCUAAGGAAACAAGCUACGCCCUGGCCAAUGCGUACAGUCUCGAGUGCUGGGGUGGUGCUACCUUCGAUGUCGCCAUGCGCUUCCUCUACGAAGACCCGUGGGAGCGUCUGCGUACUCUGCGCAAGCUUGUUCCCAACAUUCCCCUGCAAGCUCUGGUUCGUGGAGCCAACGGCGUCGGCUACACUAGCUACCCCGAUAAUGCCAUCUACGAGUUCUCCAAGAAGGCUGUCGAGAACGGACUCGAUAUCUUCCGUGUCUUCGACUCCCUGAACUACUUCGAGAACAUGAAAUUGGGUAUCGAUGCAGCCAAGAAGGCGGGUGGUGUCUGUGAAGCUGUCGUGUGCUACAGCGGAGAUGUUGCCAGUCCGAACGAGAAGAAGUAUACGCUGCAGUACUACCUCGACUUUGUCGAUCAACUGGUCCAAGAGGGUAUUCACGUCCUCGGUGUCAAGGAUAUGGCAGGUUUGCUGAAGCCCGAGGCUGCUAAAAUUCUCAUCGGGGCGAUCCGCAAAGCUCACCCGGACCUCCCCAUUCACGUCCAUUCUCACGACACUGCUGGGAUCGCUGCCGCCAGCAUGAUUGCCUGCGCUGCUGCUGGCGCAGAUGUUGUUGAUGUCGCUAUUGACAGCAUGUCCGGACUGACUUCGCAGCCUUCGAUGGGUGCCGUCUGCAUGGCCCUGGAGCAGACGUCUCUCGGAACAGGCAUUCGUUUCGAGGACAUCCAGGCCCUCAACCUGUACUGGAGCCAAGUUCGCAUGCUUUACACUUGUUUCGAGGCCAAUGUGAGGGCCUCUGACUCGAGUGUGUUCGACCACGAAAUGCCCGGAGGACAAUACACCAACUUGAUGUUCCAAGCGUCUCAACUCGGUCUUGGCACUCAGUGGACUGUCAUCAAGCAGAAGUAUAUCGAAGCAAACGAGUUGUGCGGCAACAUCAUCAAGGUCACCCCGUCCUCUAAAGUCGUCGGCGACUUCGCCCAAUGGAUGACUUCCAACUCUCUCUCGAAAGAGCAAGUGCUGGAGCGUGCCGAGCAUCUCGACUUCCCGUCUUCUGUCGUCGAAUUCUUCCAGGGAUACCUUGGACAGCCGGUCGGCGGAUUCCCGGAACCUCUUCGGUCGCGUGUCAUCCGCGACAAGCCUCGCAUUGACGGGCGUCCUGGUGCGACAAUGGCGCCGCUGGACUUCAAGAAGAUCAAGGCUGACCUCCGAAGCCAAUUCGGCAAACACAUCACUGAUGCCGAUGUGAUUUCGUCUGUGAUGUAUCCGAAGGUGUUUGAGGAAUAUCAAGGGUUCAUCGAGAAAUACGGUGAUCUCAGCGUGAUUCCCACCCGGUACUUCCUGGGGCGACCUGACAUCGGGGAGGAGAUGCACAUCUCGAUUGAGGCCGGAAAGACAUUGAUCAUCCGUCUGAUGGCUGUUGGACCUGUGGUCGAGGGUCGGGCUCAGCGUGACAUCUGGUUCGAAGUCAACGGAGAGGUGCGCGCCGUGUCUGUGGAGGACAAGAACUCGGCCGUCGACACGGUCUCCCGGGAGAAGGCGACCAACGACCCCGGAUCAGUCGGUGCUCCCAUGUCGGGUGUCGUCGUCGAGGUGCGGGUCAAAGAGGGCCAGGAAAUCAAGAAGGGAGAUCCGCUUGCUGUUUUGAGUGCCAUGAAGAUGGAGUCGGCUGUGACGGCCCCCGUCUCUGGUCACAUCAAACGUGUCGUUGUCCAGGAAGGCGACUCGAUCAACCAAGGCGAUCUCACCGUCGAGAUUGUGCACUGA